AUGGCCGAUGUUCCCUUCCCCGGUGGAGCUCGAGGAGCUCCAACUCCAACAUACGGCAUCUCCUCCGCUCCCCGCCGCUCCUCCUACGCCUCAGUCGUCUCGGGCACCGCCUUCUCUCCCCCGAUCUCCAACUCAUUCUCCCAUCUACUCAACUCCAACCCGGUUUCUUCCUAUCCCCCACUCUCCCAGCCCGACGGCCGUCUCCACCGGGCCCUCUCCGGCCUGGAUGCCGCAGACAUGCACCUGAACUCCGCCUGGCGGCCGACGGCCUCAUCAGAUCCCCUGCCUGCCUACUCGCGCAAGUAUGCUAGCUAUCCCCGUGCGUCAGAUUUCCCCUCCAGCCUGGCUCUCGUCGAUGGGCCGUCCUUCUUCACCCCGUCCUACCUCCGCCACUCCCGCUAUAUCUCUCGCCUCGACGCCGCCCAUCGAGCCAAACUCGCCGCCCAACAACGUGAUGCCUCGUCGUCUUCCACCUCAGCCUCGAACCCCCCGCUCUCAGCAUCCUCGAGCAAUGUUCAUCUCCCCCGGAUGGCCCCGUCUCAUCGGGGUAUGACCUAUGAGAUCAUCGAAAAAGAACCCCCCUCCUCAUCCUCUACCGCCCCCGAUCAGCUUGGGCCUCUCCCAUCUCAGUGGAGUUCCUCGGACAAAUACUCUGGUCUCGAACUCUCGAACGAUGGACUGGACGUGCGAUAUACGGGACCGGUUCAUAAGCAUGACCAUGAAGCCGCUGCCCUGCGAGCCGACCACCCUAUGCCCCCACAGUGCGGGAUAUACUACUAUGAGAUCAAGAUUGAGUCCAAACCGAAAGAAGGGAUGAUCGGUAUUGGGUUCUCCAGUACGAAAGCUUCCGUCGAACGACUUCCUGGCUGGGAGCAGGAAUCCUGGGCCUAUCACGGCGAUGAUGGGAAGUCUUUCUUCGGCGAGAGUCAGGGCCAGGGGCGCACAUAUGGGCCGACUUUCGGGGCCGGUGAUACGGUCGGAUGUGGAGUGAAUUUCGCCGCUGGCUCGGCUUUCUUUACGAAGAAUGGAACUUUCCUAGGGAAUGCAUUUCAUGACUUGCGGACCGUUACGUUAUAUCCAUCUGAGCCGUUCGUAUUCGAUAUUGACGGGAUGGUCCAGCAAGAGAGAGCCAAGAUUCAAGCGGAGAUUAAUAAUACCAGCACCGAUAGCCUGCAACCUCCGCUGGGGGAGUCUGCUCUACUGCAAGAAUUAGUCGCGCAAUUUCUAGCUCAUGAUGGGUACGUCGAAACGGCUCGUGCAUUCGCCGGAGAGGUAGCCACCGAAACGGCAGCCCUUCAAAGUGGACACCAGGAUCCUCUCAAGAAAUAUGAGGUAGAGGAGGAUCGUGAAGCUAUUAAUCGUAACAAAAUCCGCGCUGCCAUCCUCGACGGCGACAUUGACAAAGCCCUGAAGCACACGAAAGCAUACUACGCCAAUGUUCUCGAGGACCAUCCGCAGAUCCACUUCAAACUCCGCUGCCGCAAGUUUCUCGAAAUGAUGCGCCGCUCAAACGAGCUCUCGGCGGCCACUGCAGCGGCUGCCUCGAAACGGCGCCGCUCCGUGUCCCCCAGGAUUUCCGACGAACAUGCCGUCUUCGACCAGGAAAUGGAACUCGACGGGGAUGGCUGGGAUGGUAUGGGCAUGGAUACGGAACAACCUGAGGCGGCCGCCCAGUUUAAUGAACUGCUUACCGAGGCCGUGCAGUACGGACAGCAACUCCGUAUGGACUACCCAUCCGACGCAAAUGGCGGGGAUAUCAAGAUGCUCGACGAUAUUUUCUCGCUGGUCGCUUACCCAGACCCCAUGCGCUCGGUGCAUGGGCACUAUCUCGACCCGGCAGGGCGAGUCGCUGUAGCGGAGGAGUUGAACUCGGCGAUUCUAGUCUCCCUGGGCAAAUCCUCCUCUGCCGCCUUGGAGCGACUGUACCGGCAAACGGAAGUGCUAGUCAACGAGAUCAGCGAAGACGGCGGCGCCGGGGCGUUCAUCAAUGUUCGGAAUGACAUUUUACUUUGA